CUCUAUUUCUGGACCGCGUGCUGUUCCCCCCGCCAGACGAGCCCGAGGCGAGCAACCGUCGACCUGCCCUUCCUCUCCUUCCUCGUCGGCUGUCGCCGGCUUCGCUCCCCUGUCGGCAACACCGAUCUGCAGUGCAGCCCUGAAGCUAGCCGAGGAAGUUGAAUCUUCGCACCGCAGACCCUGAAUUCCCCACCCUCCCUGCUCUUUUUUAUAUUCCCGAAGAGUCGGCUACGCGACACCGUUGCACCGGGACCAAGAUGACAAUAAAGGAGAAUUUGAUAACCAUGGUGAAGUACGCCUCGCCCAACCUGCGGCUAGUCCCUCUCAAGAUGCACAUGUUUCUGUACUUCGGAUCUGUGGUGGGCGUGAUGCCCUUCACGACAGUGCUGGCCAAGCAGCUGGGCAUAUCCGCUGCACUGGCCGGGCUGGUCAACACAACCUUGCUGUUUCUGUCUAUUCUCAUGCGGUUCGCCAUCGGCUCGCUCACGGACAAGGUGCAGCAGCUCAAGGUCGUCCUCAUCGCCGUCAUCAGCGUGGAGAGCUUCUUCCACUUCCUUCUCAUAUUCGUGCCGCCCAUCAAGCCGAUCACGGUCGAUAUCGGCGUCCCAGCGCCCGAGAGCGUCUUACAGAACGACACCAGGCUCCUCUGUUUCUCCCGCACGUACAUCGACGACUGCCAGUCUCACAGCCCCGAGCCGUGCCGCAUGCGCUGUCGUUACUCGGCGAACGAGAGCAGCGUAAAGCAAGACAUCGCGUUUCCCUUCAACUGCAGCCUCAUGUGCCACCAGAAGCAGUGGUGCCUUACCGCGGAGGAGCUGGCCGGCGACGGUUCGGCCUUUCUGGAGGCCACCGACAAGAUGUGCACGGUCAGCUGUCAUUCAGCCGCGCAGCCGAACACGAUGAGCACGCUCACCUUCUGGCUGUUCGCCAUCUUCCGCGUGCUGGGCGGCACCGCGUUCGGCGUGGGAAUCUCGCUCGCCGACGCCGCGGCGUACGCCAUGCUGCGCGACCGCAAGGAGGACUACGGCAAGCAGCGGCUCUGGGGAACCAUCGGCUGGGGCGCGCUAGCGCCUCUCAUCGGCUACCUCAACGAAGUAGCCACCGGCGGCUCGCCCUACAUUGACUACAGCCCCGGCUUCUACAUGCUAACUGCGUUCACCGUAAUGGAUCUGGCCAGCCUGUGCUUCCUAGACGUGCCCCGCUCUGCGACGUCCAAACAACUGCUCAAAGACCUGAGCGAGGUGCUGGUGAACCCGCGCGCGCUCUUCUUCACCUUCUCGGUGCUCAACAUGGGCUUUCUCAUGGGCUUCGUCUGGAGCUACGGGCUGUGGUACCUCCAGGACUUGGGCGCCUCGCCCACCCUGCUGGGUGCCAACCUGGCGGUGCAGUGCUUCGGCGGCGAGGUUCCCGUGCUCUUCUUCUCGGGCUGCAUCAUCAAGCGCAUCGGAUACGGCAACGCGGUCAGCCUGUCCAUCGCUGGCCUCAGCCUGCGACUGGCCGUGUACAGCUUCGGCACCGACCCUUGGACCAUGUUGCCCAUCGAGGUGACGCAUGGCCUGUGCUUCGGCCUCUUCUACGCCGCCAUGACCUCGUACGCGAGCUCCGCGGCGCCGCCCGGCACUGAGGCCACCAUGCAGGGUAUCCUGGGAGGCACCUUCGAAGGGCUUGGAAUAGCCAGCGGUACACUUGUUGCUGGCCAACUCUACACCGAGGUGGGCGGCCGGCAGACCUGUUACAUCUAUUUCAUCUACAGUAUCAUCUUCCUGGCAUUACACGUUGCGGUCGAGAUGAUCUUCUCCACCAGGGAGUCAAAACGUGAAUCCGUGUUGAGUGGCUCUCGGCAAUCGCAGCCGCUACCGGAAGCGGAUCCCGUGUUGACGAUCAAAGGUCGGCAGCCGGACGGCACCCGCAGAAAUAGAGACGAAGAUGACGAGGUCGUUUGAACGGCUCGCCUCUGAACACAGUGUUGUUGGUCCCGUACUCCCGGCCACGGACCUGUUACCUGGGCGUCACCCUAUUAGGACGCCUGUGCGAGAAGGCUGUUCUCGCCUUCUGAAGGCACCUUCUCGACCACGAAUGCAGGGCGCGCCACCUCUGCGAGGCAGUGCGCCGCGCGCGAUCCUUAUUUUGACGCUUAUAGACGGCAAAAUGUCGUUGGCGGCUGUUUUAUAAGCCUGUAUUUUUUGUUGUUGUUGUGCGUCGUUUCGUAUUUUAAGUGCAAGUUUCAAUAUGAAGCGCAUGAUCUCUUCUAAGUAUGAAUUGGUGUAGCCGCGUUGAUGGUAGACAGCUGAAUUUGUUCGCCGGCUUUGUUUGAGUGCAGAAGACGCGAGACGAGCCAUACGAAAGACGAUGUUAUCUGAUUAGGGCAAGUAUCGUCCAACCGAGGAUCGAUAAACGAGACUUAAACGUUGUCCUUCGUACAUACUAUGUUGGCACCUAUUAUUCGGAUCUGAUUGUCGCUAAUUGAAGAGCUUAGCUAUAGAAACGGGCUGAAUUUACUGUAAUAAGGCAAUGCUUGUCAUCGCCAACGCACCAUGUAAAAUUACUCGAAUGCUUUGCCAGCUUCACGGGAACUAAGCGAGAAGAGUGAUUAUAGUUGUGUAGAUCGCGUGAUGUCUUGAGAAGAGUGAUCACGAACGAUUAAGCACCUUAGAUAAUGAAUUUUAUGGUUUCUACCUCUAACUGUUCUUAAUUUUUACUGUUUCUUACACCAGUAACUAUUAUAUAGUUUUCGCUGCUCUAGUUCAUAGAACGCAUUUAGCAAAUUCAUGUACCUGCGAUUAACAGUGUAAAUACUACACGCAGAAGCAAAGUAUACAGCGGAUUAUCUGUGAUCCUUUUGUAUCGCGUUGCAGCGUCUGUUUUAGUAUCUUAAUUGCUGUUUAAUGAAUGUAGAUGCAGCAUUUACGAUGUGAUAAGUGUUUAUAGAGGACUUUCAUUUUAUACAAACUUUCUGCCAUUGUGGAAACACAGUAAUGAAAUAUUCGGAUGACUCGUCUAAUGCACUGUAUUCUGAUAAAUAUAUAGUAAAAUUGCUUUGAACAGAGUCAACUCUUCACGCACUUUUCAUGAAGUCGCUGCUUUUUUUGCCAUCUCGCGUUGCAAGCAUGGCGAAGCUUUAAUUUUUUUCUAUGGUACGACUGUAUUUUCAAUAUCGCGCUGUACUUCAGCGUCUAGAGUGUAAGCGUUUUUUGUCAUUAUGAAGUGGCUUCGGUUUGAAUUUCUUGCAGCCCUCGAAGAGAAGGGUUGUUUUAAUACUCGAUCAAAUGUCGCACUUCCCUGCAUUAUGAAAUUAUUUUCAUCUUCACUUCGAGGGUCGCUAUGUAUUUGUUGUCAGACAUGGUCGUAGGGAACGUGUUGCGGACAUCGUGAGUGACUGUGCAACAGUGUCUGCUAUGGCUGAGAACGCGUGAAUUUUUUCAGCCAUAAUUUGGAACCCGAGUGUGUGCUUAACUAAGUUGUUCUAGGGAUGCACGUCUUAGUGGCCAUCACCUGUUUUGUACUUGCCAUUGCACUCUCGCGUUUGUAAAUACAGACAAUCUGUCACAUUUCAGGCAUAUCACAUCGUGGUCUGUUGUAAAAUUGUAUCAUGCAGCCGAGAUGAUGUACUCGAGUCCCGUUUGGUUGUGAACCGCUCUCAAACUUUUUGCUGGGUGCAGUCAGGCAUGCAUUUGAUGACACUUUCGUCUCUUCGAGAGCUCGUCAGUGGUGGCUAAUAGAAGCCUACUUUAUCAUUAUUUGUGCUUUGGUUUCAUUGCUGCGCUUUUCUUACACGUCAGAUUUUGACCCUCCUAACCAUGCUUCUGUUUGUGCGCGUGCUCUGUUUUUUUUUUUUUUGCGCGUGUUACGACUGGGUGUUGUGAUGACGAUGGUGUGAGGAUAUUGUAAUAUAUAGUUCGCACGACAGUGUUUUUGAUAGUACAUGUAACGACUCGUUUACUUCAAUCGCAUGAAAGUACAAGUUUAGGUCGCUUCUACUUGGCUUGGCUUGGCUCACGUUUCCAGGUUCGAGCAAGACUGCGAUAAACAUUUUCUUGCGACUUGCGUUGUGUUCGGCGUUGCUUUUUUUUGUCACUUGCGACACCAUUGUUUUCUGAACUAAAUGAAAACGAACCGUGUCAGAUAUGAAUGUAGUUUUGCCUUGCACACUUCUGCAGUGAUGUGACUGGUUCCAAAAAAAAAAAAAGAGAAAAAAGUGUAGAACCUCAAGCAGUACUUUUUUUCUAAGAGGCAUAUUUGCACAGCCACAUUGUGUUAGCAUAUUGUACGGUUCCCGAAAUCCCUAGAAGACGCGUACAAUGGGGAUGUAGUACCUUCAGAGGUGUUCCGUGCCCGUUGCUGCCAUGCUGGCCUCCAUGGAAACCUAACGAGUGCAUCUUAUUUGGACUACUCGAUUCGGGGUUUCGUCUUGAAUGAGGCGUGACGACAGAGUGCGGCGAGGGAUUCUAGCGUUUCCUUGAGCCGCGAUUUUGCCGUUUAUUCAAUACAAAUGCUUACGAAUGCUGAGCACACUUGGAAGCGUGGUGGUAGCACAAAGACUGCAGUUCUCGAGGUCGAGGUGCUGUACAAAUGUCGUCGAAGAUAGCGGCACUGAAGUCUACAUAAAGUGCUAUUCACGGGAACCUAACUGCACGCACCACUCUGGUUCGCCUUGAAGGUAGCACUUCGAAGCCUCUGCGAAAAAGGCAUUGAAGCUUGUGCUGCAGGUGAUCAUUUUUCUAUAUAGCGUAUACUGUGUAUUGCGACCAAAUGUGAGGUGUAUUAAGUUAGCCUGCUCGGAUUCAACUAACAUUAGCAUGUUGUAUAGUGUUCUGAGCAAUAAACUGAAACUACAGAGCGAAGUUGUUCCGUUUGCGCGCAGCUCAGGUGCCGCUCUUCCGGGCCGAACCACAUCACUACUUUAACAAUGCAUGUACCAUGCGAUCCUUUAAGUAGUCGGGACAUGCUAAUCAGUCUCAUUUCUCUAUUUUACACUUACCCUCAAAAUUUUCUUAUGCAUCGCGAACUGUCAUAAUAAAAAGAUAUAUUCUCAGUGGUUCUUUUGCCCGCUUGGUGUGCGUGUCAGCAUGCCACGGUGUGUAUGUAGGUGGGCGUCUUCGAUUAUUCGAUUCCUGAUAGUGCCCGAUUGCCCGAGGUGGUACACGGUCAGCCAAUGCGCGUUGCGGGCUUAUUCUUUCGGGUGGCGCAGCACUUUCGGAGACUUAAUACAGGACGCCCAGUGCGCGUGUGCCAUUUGCCAGGACAGGUCUUACGAAUGUCGUGAGGGUGCAUCAAUUUUUCAGCCCAUUCAAUGUGCUGUCAAUAUGUUCAGGACUUGCUCAAUCCACCUCUAGGUGGCGCACUUGUCUGAGUGGUUCAGGGUUGGUGGCAACUAGAAAUGGUCGAAUGUGGGUCGCAUUUUCCCCAUAAUUAUACCUGACAACGUGUGUGGUCUGUGAAGAAAGGUGCGCGUGAUCUGCGAUUCCGAGAUCGCGAGGUCAAGUCAAAGCAUUUUCGUGGUAUACUGUGCUUGGUUCGAGUGAUAGAAUGAUCCCAAGAGGUGUGGGACCAUGCAGACUCUUGUCUUGGUACAAUGUAUGUAGUACUCUGCUGGGAAGCAUGGCGUGGUGCAGCGCGCACUGCCGCGUACAAUAGACGUGCCUGUAGUCUAAUCUAUAUACGCAAUGUCGGACCACGCUGUACAGGAAAUGUGUCGUUGCGAAAGCUGCGUUUUGAAAACUCAUGUGGUCACGAAGUCGUGUGGUGAACUUUUUGCCCGAGUGCGUUUGUACACAAUAAACUUUCUCUUUUUAUAAUG